AUGCUGUGCAGUACACCCUCCUCUGAUGCCAACAUAACCAUGGGAAAGAUCAUAUUUUACGAAGACAUAAACUUCCAAGGGCGCUCUCACGAGUGCAGCAGUGACUGUGCCGACCUUCACUCCUACUUCAACAGAUGUAACUCCAUCAGGGUGGAGAGUGGCUGCUUCAUGGUCUAUGAGAGGCCCAACUACAUGGGGAACCAGUACUACCUGAGGAGAGGGGAAUACUCUGACAACCAGCGUAUGAUUGGCAUCAACGAGUGUAUCAGAUCUUGCCGCAUGAUCCCCCAGUACCAAGGUUCCUACAGGAUGAGGCUUUACGAACGCCUCGACUUGUCCGGCCAGAUGCACGAGCUGGUGGACGACUGUCCAAAUGUUCAAGACCACCUCAGCAUGUCUGACUUCCACUCCUGUAAUGUGAUGGAUGGCCACUGGCUGCUGUACGACCAACCUGACUACAAGGGCAGAGUAUACUACCUGAGGCCCGGGGAGUACAGGAGAUACAGCGACUGGGGAGGCGUCACCCCGAGAGUCGGUUCCCUCAGAAGAAUCACCGACUUCAACUGA